CGUCCUUUUUCUUCCAACAGGGAAAAGUAGUAUAACCGUUUGACUCCUGAGCAGAAUGAAUCACCUGGCUCACCACAGUGAAAAAUGGGGUCUAGCCCUAAUGGAACGCUCAUGAUGUCUCUUCUGAAACUCUCGUUGUGAACUAUGGAACACUCUGGUUCACCUCUGACCCCCAACCUCAGUGAUACUACAGCCAAUGACAGCCUGGGGUGGGGGCUGGGGUCGCCCUUCGCCUCGGCCCCUAGCAAACAGCUGAGCACCUUGCCCAACGCCCAGACCCGCUUCAAGGACCUGUCAGGGAUAUUGUUCAUGGUGACCCUGAACGUGGUGGCCCUUCUGGCUAACACAGCCGUGCUGGUGGUGGUGGUAAAGGCCCCGCACCUCAGGAAGUUUGUCUUUGUGUGCCACCUGUGUGCGGUGGACCUGCUAUGUGCCGUACUGCUCAUGCCCCUGGGCAUUGUGUCCAACUCGCCGUACUUCGCCAGCGUGGUGUUCACAGUGCUGGAGUGCCAGGUGUACGUCUUCCUCAACGUGUUCCUCAUCGCAGCCUCCAUCUUCACCAUCACGGCCAUCAGCGUGGAGCGUUACUACUACAUUGUCCACCCCAUGCGCUAUGAGGUGAAGAUGACCCUGAAGCUGGCCACAGCCGUCAUGGUCCUGGUCUGGGUGGCCUCAGGCCUGCUGGGGCUGGCCACUGUGUUCGGCUGGCCCAGCUACAGCAGCCUGAGCUCCAUCAGUGCCGCCCACUGCUCCCUGCACUGGAGCCACAGCGGCCACCGCCGGGCCUUCUCUGUCCUCUUCACAGUGGCCUGUUUCUGCCUGCCUGCUGCGGUCAUCUUCGCUGUGUACAGUAAUGUCUAUAAAGUGGCCCGCAUGGCGGCUAGACAGCAUGGACCGUUACCAUCCUGGACGGCCAGUCAUCCUAAACACCGCUCUGACUCCAUCAGCAGCCAGACCACAAUCAUCAUCACCCGCAAUGCCCCCAGGAGGCUGCACCACCACAGGCCCUUCGGUGGGUGCAAGGCCGCCCUCACCCUGGUGGUCAUUGUGGGCCAGUUCCUGCUCUGCUGGCUGCCUUACUUCUCCUUCCACCUGCACCUGACUAUCAACAACCAGCCCAAGAUCCCCGCCGACCUAGAGAAGGCCGUCACCUGGCUGGCGUACUCCUCCUUCACCGUCAACCCUUUCUUUUACGGGCUGCUGAACCGCCAGAUCAGGGAGGAGCUGUGUAAGCUGCGGCGCUGCUACUCUGUCCGGCCUGUCGAGCUGGCCAUAUCCAGCAGCCACGAGGGCUCGGCCCACGAGAACUUCCUGCAGUUCCUCCAGAGGACCAGCUGUACGGUGGAGACCAGAGCCAGCUUUACCUGCACAUCCAGCCCCAGGAACACCCUGGACCAGACUGGGCAGCAGACGGCUGGCUUCAGGAUACCUGGGCAGAUACCUGAGGAUUUCAGUUAAAACGCCCCUGAUAUACUAACCUGGUCCCCACUUAUAUACUGUCACUGUAUUGACACUGGUACCUGUCUGCUGUUAUUGGCAGAAGAGUUAAGUUAAAACUGUUAAGCCUGGACAAGACUGGGCAGAUGGCUGCGUUGAAGAUACCAUGGCAGAUACCUAAGGAGUUCAGUAACAAUACUCGUAGAUACUGUACGCAUGUCAUGCCACUGGCAUCUACUGUAGUUGACUGCUGUAACAGUGUGGCAACAGUACUACCAGCUACACACUGCCCUUAAUUUAAAACACACAUAGACAGCACUUCGAAGGGACAACAAAUAGAGUGUUUUUCUUUUGAUAUUUCUAGUUUGUUAAUUAGAUUGAGUUUAUUCUGCAUCCAGAGAUGAUUCCAGAAUCCAGCAUAUAACUGAAGUGCAUUAUGUGCUGAAAAAUACUGUUUUCUCAAUUAUGAAUUGUUAUUUCUAGCUACAACUACCACUAAUAGAGAAACUAAUUCAGCUACCUACCACCAACCAUUCCAAUCACCUAUAUUAGUACAUAUUCUACUAUCACUUCUACUACACAACUACCAGUACACAUUUUGAGUUGAAAGACAAUACAAAUUGUAUUUCCACUGUAUCAUAUAUUCACUGUCUAUUUAUUAUUCAUUCCAUGUUCAAUACAGGGAGCAUUCAACAUUUUAAGUGUAACAGUUGAGGUGUUUCUAUUACACAAAAUCAAACUUGAUACUUUUACUAUUUGGUUCUCAGUUGAGGUUUAGUUGCAAUAUUCUUAACUAUAUACAGUAUGUUUCUUACAAAACAAUGCGUUAUUAUCCGUUAUCAUAAAUUAAAGCACAUUGCAUUCAAUAGGCUACCUUUUUACAGGUGAUGGCAGAGACUUCACUCUCAAAGGUGACUUCUU